UUUUCAGGGGAACGACGUACAGCGCGUAACGCUUCGCGCUAUUUUCAGUGCAGUUUUUGGUGUGUGUUCCCCUUUAGAAAAAUAUCUCGAGAGUGUAUUUAUGAGAAAACUACAAUAAAACACGCACAACAACAAAAAAAGGAGAAACUAAAUAGCACAAAAAUAAUUCCACUCUAAAAACAAAAGCCAAAAGUAGCCGACGGCCAAGUGAAUAUUGGGUGGGAAUAUUAACAAUUUGAGAAAUAAAUAUCAACGCAAGAUCCGAAUUCCAAGUGCAGUGAACGAUUACGAUUCAGUUCGCCUGCUACUUGUCGAGGACAAACGCCGCCAAGUAAUUGAAAUUGAAGACCGGCCAAAGCUCGGGAGGAACAGUAGAGAGUGAGAGAGAGAGAGAGAGAGAGAGAGAGAGAGAGAGAGAGAGAGAGAGAGAGAGAGAGAGAGAGAGAGAGAGAGAGAGACAGCGGAGCCAGGAUGGUCCUAGUGCUGAAUGGCGUGCUGCAGGAUGAUUGCCCGAUGGACACCAACAGCCUGUUCCUGCAGCAUCCCGUCUACCGAGAUUAUGCCCAGCAGUUGCACUCGAUACAGGCCAAGUCUGUGGGUCCCGUGGGUCUGCUCUAUGUCGGACAGCGGGAGCUAGCCGCCUCUGCCCCGCACGACAAGAACGUCAACAUCAUUGGCGCCGACGAUGCCACAACCUGUAUUAUUGUUGUCGUGAGGCACUCGGAAUCUGGGGCCGUGGCUUUGGCCCACUUUGAUGGAAGCGGUGUGGACGAGGCUGUCUGCACCAUGGUCUCCCGGGUGCAGGAGCUGGCCCUUGGCUAUCCCGAAGGACGCAUCGAGUUGCAGCUGAUUGGUGGCUAUCGGGACUCGAAGGGUUACGGCGAGGACGUCUUCUAUAGCAUUAUGCAAUCAUUCCACAAUCAUCACCUCGAGAUCGAUUUGACGCAGGCCUCCGUGGGCGAGCUGAAUACCAUGCUUCGCGGCGAGAUCAAUUGCCCCAUCAUUUAUGGCGUGGGCGUGAACAUCAAGACUGGUGAGAUCUUUCCGGCCAGCUUCCCAGACCGAGGCCCCGACCGGGAGCUGCGCGAUGCUCGCAUCUUCAUGGGUGCGCAGUCGGUUCUGGAUGUGUACGACUCCACGCUGGGAAUGCUGCGCAUCGGCCCCUUCAACUAUGAUCCGCUGCGCGGCGCCGACUUGUGGCUAUCCCAGACGGAUGAGUUUCUGCUGCAGCAUUUGUCCUCCAGUCCCGAUGUGGAGCCGCCACACUUUGCGCCCCAGACGCGUGCCACCAUCAAAUUCAUACAGGAGAACCAGUUUCCCGCUGUCACCGUCUUCAGGGACAAUCGACCGCGCUACUUUCGGCGCGAAGAUGCCACGGGGUGCUGGGCUCUGGUUAGAUAUUAAAGCUUAAUUUAGUGUUUAGUUGUUAUGCAAGAAGUUGAAAGAAACGUCAUGGACAGUUGCCAAUGGCAGAUGUCAAUGUUGGUGCAUGUGUUAAUCGUCGUUAACAUUUGCAGUGCCACCCCACACCCCUGCUACCCUUCGCAUAUAAUUUCCACUUGAUUGUGGUUUUGCUCUACUCCCACUUACUUUUGUUUGAAUUUAAUCGUUGAGUUAAUUGUAUUUGGCUGUAAUUAUAAUCGAUACUGAUAAUCCAUGCAGCACAGCACCCAAUUAUUUAUAACACAAUUAGAUUAGCAAUUGCGAUGAGUGCCGACAUUGCUUGUUGUAUGUCUCUCUUCAAUUAGAUUCAAGAGUGAGUUCGGAUGUGAGGACCCUUUGGGACGCGCCUUAGUAAUGGAUCUGAACGUAAAAACGAAAAAUUAUAAUAUAAUUUGUGUAUAUGCUGCAUAGUACUAUAUGCAUGUGACCACAAUUAACAAAUCUUAUAAAUAUUUAAAAGAGAUUCUUAGCAAAAUAUAUACAAACUACACAUACACAACAAAUGUAAACGAAACAAUUUCAAAUGCAAUCAUUUUUAGUUGUAACUGUAAACUGUAAUCAAAAGUGUAAGAAAUAUAGAAAUGGCUUGGCUAUAAAUACAUACAUA